UCGCGGUGCGAGGCAACCUGCCCUCSUGGGAGCAGGACUUCAUGUUUGAGAUCAACCGGCUGGACCUGGGCCUGACRGUGGAGGUGUGGAACAAGGGGCUCAUCUGGGACACCAUGGUGGGCACAGUGUGGAUCCCCCUCCGGACCAUCCGGCAGUCCAAUGAGGAGGGCCCUGGGGAAUGGCUCACGCUCGACUCCCAGGUCAUCAUGACUGACAAUGAGAUUUCAGGCACCAAAGAUCCGACUUUCCACCGCAUCCUCCUUGACACCCGCUUUGAGCUACCGCUGGACAUCCCCGAGGAGGAGGCCAGGUACUGGGCCAAGAAGCUGGAGCAGCUCAAUGCGAUGCGGGACCAGGAUGAUUAUGCUUUCCAGGAGGAGCAGGAGAAGCCUCUGCCCGUGCAUGGCUCGCAGUGCUGCAACUGGAAUUAUUUUGGCUGGGGAGAACAGCAGAACGAUGACCCUGACAGCACUGUGGAYGACCGGGACAGCGACUACCGCAGCGAGACCAGCAACAGCAUCCCCCCACCCUACUACACCACCUCCCAGCCCAAUGCCUCCGUGCACCAGUACCCCAUGAGGCACCAGCAGCAGAGCUCUCGCGACUCCUACACGGACUCCAUGCAGAGCUACGAGAUGGACUACUCGGACCAGGCUCCCAUCAGACGCUAUGGUAGUGUAGACUCUGCCGCAAACGGACGCAGCGACGCUGAGUCCGGUUCUGAGUCGAGCAGGCGGACCAGCCGCCAGCCUUCCCUUGAGAGCAGGCGGUCCCUAGACCUAUCGGAUAGCCCCACAGGGAGCAGCCGCUACGCCUCGUCGGCAGAGCUGAGCCAGGGCAGCUCCCAGCUGAGCGAGGACUUCGAGAAUGAGAGCCUGAGGGACUCAGAGCUGGACGAGAGGGACGGCGACUCCUACCACUCCUGCCACAGCUCUGUCAGCUACCGCAAGGACUCGCCACGCUGGGAGGAGGAGGAUGAUGAUGAUCUCUACCUGGAGGAGGAGGAGGAAGAGUUCAUUGAGGACUACAGUGAGACUGAAGAGGGCUACCCCAAGGACGAGGAGCUGGAGGAGGAGGAGGAGGAGCUGCGGGAGCAGGACACCUAUGAACCCCCUGAGCACGAAACGUACCCACCACCACCACAGAAACCCCCUCCACAGCAGCAGCARCAACAGGUGCCACAGCAGCAGCAACAGCAGCAACAGCAACAGCAGCAGCAACAGCAGCAGCAACCCCAGCUGGUCCCACAGCAGAAGCCUCAGCAGCAGGAAAGGAAGGAGGAGAGGAAAGAGGAGAGGAAGGAGGAGAAGGACACCUCUAUCCCCCAGGAAGCUCCUGAGGCCCUCCAGGCCCAGCGGGCAGAGGAGGAAGUUCCUGUGCAAGAGGCAGCCCCGGAGACUGAGCCCCCAAAGCCGGAUGAGAGGGAGCCAGCAGAAGAGGAGGUGCAGGACCCUAAAGCACGAGCCAAAGCCAACUGGCUGAGAGCCUUCAACAAGGUCUGCAUGCAGCUGCAGGAGGCCCGCGGGGAAGGUGAUGGAGAGAAAUCCCUGUGGUUCAAAGGCGGGCCUGGUGGCGGGCUGAUCAUUAUAGACAGCAUGCCGGACAUUCGCAAGCGAAAGCCCAUCCCCCUAGUUAGCGAUUUGGCCAUGUCCCUGGUCCAGUCCAGGAAAGCGGGAAUCACGUCCGCACUGGCCUCGAGCACCUUGAACAAUGAGGAGCUGAAAAACCAUGUUUACAAGAAGACCCUGCAAGCCUUAGUGUACCCCAUCUCCUGCACGACGCCCCAYAACUUCGAGGUGUGGACGGCCACCACGCCCACGUACUGCUACGAGUGUGAGGGGCUGCUGUGGGGCAUCGCCCGGCAGGGCAUGCGCUGCGCCGAGUGCGGCGUCAAGUGCCACGAGAAGUGCCAGGACCUGCUCAAUGCCGACUGCCUGCAGAGGGCGGCAGAGAAGAGUUCCAAGCAUGGAGCAGAGGACCGGACCCAGAACAUCAUCAUGGUGCUCAAGGACCGCAUGAAGAUCCGGGAGCGCAACAAACCAGAGAUAUUUGAGCUGAUCCAGGAGGUGUUUGGGGUCAACAAGACCACACACACACAGCAGAUGAAGGCGGUCAAGCAGAGUGUCCUGGAYGGCACCUCCAAAUGGUCGGCCAAGAUCAGCAUCACAGUGGUUUGCGCCCAGGGCCUGCAAGCGAAGGAUAAGACUGGUUCCAGUGACCCCUAUGUCACUGUCCAGGUUGGAAAGACAAAAAAAAGGACUAAGACUAUCUACGGCAAUCUCAACCCAGUCUGGGAGGAGAACUUCCAUUUCGAGUGCCAUAACUCCUCUGACCGCAUCAAGGUCCGCGUGUGGGACGAGGAYGAUGACAUCAAGUCUCGCGUCAAGCAGCGCUUUAAGAGGGAAUCUGACGACUUCCUGGGCCAGACCAUCAUCGAGGUCCGGACCCUGAGUGGGGAGAUGGACGUCUGGUACAAUCUCGACAAGCGCACUGACAAGUCAGCAGUGUCGGGAGCCAUCCGGCUGCACAUCAGCGUGGAGAUCAAGGGUGAGGAGAAGGUGGCUCCCUACCACGUUCAGUACACCUGCCUGCACGAGAACCUGUUCCACUUUGUGACGGAUUUGCAAAACAAUGGGGUAGUGAAGAUCCCUGAUGCCAAGGGGGAUGAUGCCUGGAAGGUGUACUUUGAUGAGACAGCACAGGAGAUCGUAGACGAGUUUGCCAUGCGCUAUGGGGUGGAAUCCAUCUACCAGGCCAUGACGCAUUUUGCCUGCCUCUCCUCCAAGUACAUGUGCCCCGGGGUGCCGGCCGUGAUGAGCACCCUGCUGGCCAACAUCAACGCCUACUACGCCCACACCACCUCCUCUUCCAACGCCAAUGCCUCCGACCGCUUUGCUGCCUCCAAUUUCGGGGUCAGUCCCAUGAAAGAUCGCUUUGUCAAACUCCUGGACCAGCUGCACAACUCCCUGCGCAUCGACCUCUCCAUGUACCGGAACAACUUCCCUGCCAGCAGCCCUGAACGGCUGCAGGAUCUCAAGUCCACGGUGGAUUUGCUGACCAGCAUCACCUUCUUUAGGAUGAAGGUCCAGGAGCUGCAGAGCCCCCCACGAGCCAGCCAGGUGGUGAAGGACUGUGUGAAGGCCUGUCUCAACUCCACCUACGAGUACAUCUUCAACAACUGCCACGAGCUCUACAGCCGCGAGUACCAGACAGACCCGACUAAGAAAGGCGAGGUGCCCCCCGAGGAGCAGGGCCCCAGCAUCAAAAACYUGGAUUUCUGGUCCAAGCUCAUCACCCUGAUUGUCUCCAUUAUUGAGGAAGACAGGAACUCCUACACGCCCUGCCUGAACCAGUUCCCCCAGGAGCUGAACGUGGGGAAGAUCAGUGCAGAGGUGAUGUGGAACCUCUUUGCUCAGGACAUGAAGUACGCGAUGGAGGAGCACGACAAGCAUCGCCUGUGCAAGAGUGCAGACUACAUGAACCUGCACUUCAAGGUGAARUGGCUGUACAAUGAGUAUGUCACCGAGCUGCCCUCCUUCAAGAGCCGCGUGCCCGAAUAUCCCGCCUGGUUUGAGCCCUUUGUCAUCCAGUGGCUGGAUGAGAAUGAGGAGGUGUCUCGGGAUUUCCUGCAUGGAGCRCUGGAGCGGGACAAGAAGGAUGGGUUCCAGCAGACCUCGGAGCAUGCACUUUUCUCCUGCUCUGUGGUGGACGUUUUCUCCCAGCUCAACCAGAGCUUUGAGAUCAUCAAGAAGCUGGAGUGCCCUGACCCCCAGAUCGUGGGGCACUACAUGCGACGGUUUGCCAAGACCAUCAGCAAUGUGCUGCUCCAGUACGCUGAGAUCAUCUCCAAGGAUUUUGCCUCCUACUGCUCUAAGGAGAAGGAGAAAGUGCCCUGCAUCCUGAUGAACAACAUCCAGCAGCUCCGUGUCCAGCUUGAAAAGAUGUUUGAAGCCAUGGGUGGGAAGGAUCUGGACACAGAAGCCAGUGAUAUCCUCAAGGAACUGCAAGUGAAACUCAACAAYGUCCUGGAUGAUCUGAGCCGAGUCUUUGCCACCAGUUUCCAGCCACACAUUGAGGAGUGCGUGAAGCAGAUGGGUGACAUCCUGAGCCAGGUGAAGGGCACUGGCAAUGUCCCCGCCAGCACCUGCAGCAGCGUUGCACAGGAUGCUGACAAUGUCCUGCAGCCCAUCAUGGACCUGCUAGACAGCAACCUGACGCUGUUCGCCAAGAUCUGUGAGAAGACGGUGCUGAAGCGGGUGCUGAAGGAGCUCUGGAAACUGGUGAUGAACACCAUGGAGAAGACCAUUGUCCUGCCCCCACUCACAGACCAGACGGGCACACAGAUGAUUUUCAACGCGGCCAAGGAGCUGGGGCAGCUCUCCAAGCUGAAGGACCACAUGGUGCGUGAGGAAGCCAAGAGCCUGACCCCGAAGCAGUGUGCUGUGGUGGAGCUGGCACUGGACACCAUCAAGCAAUACUUCCAUGCCGGUGGCGUGGGGCUGAAAAAGACAUUCCUGGAGAAGAGCCCUGACCUACAGUCGCUGCGCUAUGCCCUGUCCCUCUACACCCAGGCCACUGACCUCCUCAUCAAAACCUUCGUGCAGACCCAGUCAUCACAGGUUCAUGGUGGGAAAGGGAUUAGGUUUACCCUUAGUGAAGAGGUUUAUCCUGACAAGGGGUCUGGCGUGGAGGACCCCGUGGGGGAGGUGUCCAUCCACGUGGAGCUCUUGACCAACCCCAGUGGCGAGCACAAAGUCACCGUCAAAGUGGUGGCUGCAAAUGACCUCAAGUGGCAGACAUCGGGCAUCUUCCGGCCCUUCAUCGAGGUCAACAUCAUCGGGCCCCACCUCAGCGACAAGAAGAGGAAAUUCGCCACCAAAUCCAAGAACAACAGCUGGGCCCCCAAGUACAAUGAGAGCUUCCAGUUCACGCUGGGGACAGAGACGGGCCCCGAGUGCUACGAGCUGCAGGUGUGCGUGAAGGAUUACUGCUUUGCCCGGGAGGACCGCACGGUGGGCAUCGCCGUGCUGCAGCUGCGCGACAUCCUGCAGCGCCCCGGCGGCGCCUGCUGGCUGCCCCUGGGCCGCCGCAUCCACAUGGACGACACCGGGCUCACCGUGCUCCGCAUCCUGUCCCAGCGCAACAACGACGACGUGGCCAAGGAGUUCGUCAAGCUCAAGUCGGACACGCGCUCGGCCGAGGAGGGCAGCAGUUAAAGCCCCUCGGUCCCCCCGCCCUCGCCCCCCGCUCCCGGCCCCCCGACAGCACCCUCCAGCCGUGUAUAAGCCAUAGGAGUGGCCGCAGAGGAGUCGCCGGCCCGGCCCUGGGGAGGGGGUGCUGUGGCUGCAGUGGCAGACCCUCCCUCCCUCCCUGGCCACGCUGGCUGGGUUACAGCGGUCCCGAGCACAGCCAGGCCCCCGCCCCACCCCGCAGGAAGGUGCUGGGGCCGGGGGGGCUGCAGGGAAGGGCUGGACCCGAGCCCGGCCCAGGGGAGCGACCGGCCCUUCCCCAGCCUGUCUGAGAUAGAGGAACCCCAGUUGCCCAUCCCCGAACCUCCGCUGUCCCACCCAGCCCCGCAGCUCACGAGUGACAGAGAAAAGGGCUGUGGAGGUGCGUGUAUCUCAUCCCACGUGCGGGUGUUGGUGAGUGGCUGGCACAGCGUGAUGUCCCCUUGUCCCCAUGCCUGGGUGGCGGUGUGCCCCGAGGGCAGGGCGGCUGCCAGCCCUGAGCACCUGUACAUAUGUAAAUAGCUGUACAUACAGGGCAGCUGGACAGGCCGUGUCCUGCACCCGGAAGGGCUAUUGGGGCUGUUGGGUUGGCGGGUGCAGCCCCCACGUGCCCUGCACACGAGGUGCCCUGCACAGGGUCCCCUCCCUGGCUGGCAGCAGCAUCACCGGGGUCGGGGGCAGCAGGGARCAGCCCCCAGCCCCUAUCUCCUGUCUUCCCUGCCUUGCUGCCACUGUGGGUUGCCCCAGUGCCCCCCACAAGGUGCCAGGGGGAGGCGAGGGCUGGGGCCACCAGAGCAGAGGGAUUCCUUCCUCCUUGUUCAGGCCGGUGGGACCGGCAUCCCUGAGCAGUGCAGCCCAUGGGAUCUCCUUGGCACAAGCAGAGCCCUUCCCACCCCACUGCCAAGAACCCCUCCCUCCAGUCCCCCAGUAAGAACCAGUUCUGUGCCCCCAGUUCCCCAGUGAGCACCAUUUCUGUGUGGUAAGUGGUGUGCAUGUCUCGUGUGAGUGCCUGGGAGGCCGGGGUGUGCGGUGUUGGGGUGGCCACCCUGGCUGGCCCCUUUGCCCCGAGUCCUGGGGCAGCUAGAGGCCUCAUGACCCCACAAGUCAAUACAGCUCUCAGCCCCCAUUCCAUCCCAAAACAGGGUACCCCAGCUGGCCCCCACACUCUUUUUUCUAGAGGGUUUGCCUGGGACCAAAGGGUUUCACUUUCCUCUCUCGUUUCUGUUCAAUGUUUACACCCUUUUUCUACCGGCUGCUCCUGCACGGCUGGGCUGGGGCUCGGCCCCAAACCCCAGCCGUGGUGCCCCUGGCCCCGUGCCCCCUCCCCAGACUGUCCUGUUUGGCAUGUGAUUGAACUGACCAAUUCUGCUCCUGUAGCACAGUGUCACCGAUGCCUGUGUGUCUGUCCCGCCGGCGGCGGCGGCUCCCAUGGAUGCAUGACAGUGAGAUGUUUUGCACUAUUUUGAAUUUUUUGGGCUCUGUAAAAAUAUUUUAUUAUAACUGACAUUAAAAAGC